GUAGCUUCGCUGAAUUUUCGACGGAACAAAUAGUGCUCUGAAAGAAAAUGUGUAGUACCAGUGCCAUGCGUUAUUACGUUCCAAUCGUGCAAGAUGAUGGUGUAUCUCCAUGCAAGGAGAAUACAUUUAACAGGCCGCGCCAACCAUCGCGUGUCAUGGUCAGAAGAUACGCAUUAACAUCCUCGGGCAGCAAAUAUUUGGAAAUUGGAAUCAGAGUAGGACCUAUAGCCGAUGUAGAAAUUCUUCUCGGCGAUAAUCGUGGGAAUCAUCUCAUAAUACCAUGGCAUACAUGGAACACACUAUUCGACAGCUGUACAACCAUCGAGGAACGUGCACAAUUGCCCGGAUCAUCAUUGAUGCGGAUUGAUGAAUUAACGGUGGAAUUUUGUCACAUGUAUGAUUCACCGAUUGUAAAGAUGACAAUGGAUACUAAGUCGCUGUAUUUCAAACCGAAUACAGUAACAUUUUUAUUUAAUCUUGAGCCGUGUGUAAGCUAUGUGUAUCCGCGGCUCUAUCAAACUGCAGAAGAAGUGAGGACAAAAUUUAAAACUUUUGUUAACGUGCUGCAACAAAAAAGCGAUGCUGUCUCCGAAACAUUAGAUACACGUUGUGCUGCUAAAAUCAUACGUGACAGUGAAUAUUACUGCAAGGAUUAUCUUGUAGAUUGUGAACUGUUAGGAUGCGCCAUCAAUGAUAUUGACUCACCGCCUUCACCUCCCUCACCAUCGCCCACCCAGUACGCCAUCGCCACCUCGUACGCCGUCGCCAUCACCUUCGCCACAGCUGCCGCCGUCGCCAGUGGAGGGGAAGCUGAGAGCAGGUCACAGGGAUCUCCAUCCAGCAGCCGACCAACAUCACAGACAACAUCUCCAAUAAUAUUGGAGCAAUCAAGGAAACGGAGCCAUCAGUGGACGCUGAUAUCGUCGUUGGGAAGGCGACAGAUCCAGCAUCCAGGUUUCGAGACGUGUCAUCGGGACAACAUCAGUAAGGAGCUGGCCAACAGCGUGGACAGGCCACAGUCAACGUUGGAGGAAUCGGCGCUAGAGGGUUUCCUGCGUAACAUCAGCGGGAAUUGGGUCUGCAUCGCAUCGCCGAAUUACGAAGUCAUCCUCUAA